UUUAUUUUCUAGACCUUAGCCUUGCCAGGAAAAAUGAACUAGAAGCUUUUAAAAGUUCAGCAAAUGAUGUUAUUAAGUUCAAGCUGGGUAUGCCAUUUUCAAAUUAGUUUUUAGUCAUAUUUACCUUACACAAGUAUCCCUUGACACAUGUGUUCCAGUGGCUAAUUUUAAUUGCAUCCGUUAAUUAAGUCUAAUAAUAGAAAUUCAUUGAUUAAUAAAAAUUCUAAACAAUUUAUUUUCCUAUGGUUUAAUGAAUAAAAUAAUAUUCAUUUUGGCAAAAUUCUUGUUUCUGAAGGCAAAUUAAACAAUUGUUUUCAGUAAGGUCAGAAGUUGACAUUGAAGAUGAAGAAAAAUCCUUUGCUCCUGACAUGACUCAUCAAAUAUUUGGGGACUCGUAAGUUAUUAUAUUUACCACAAAAAAAACAACUCUUUGUGAUUUAUUAGCAUUCAUUAUGGACCAAUAAAAUUCUGUUACAAAUAUGUAAAAUGAUAUUUAUCAAUUUUUUAAAAACUUUGUUCCCCAAACAUAUUUUACAUGCCUUAAUAAACAUUUUAUAGUUACAUUGAUAAUCAAAUUAAAGAUGAAUAAUUCUUGUUACAUUAACCUAAGCUGGUUUUUCAUUGACUGAUUCUUUAAACACGUAAUUUUAAGUGUUUGGCUUGGUUUACAUGUGCUAUAAAUAAUUUUUUGUCAUUGACUAUUUUAUUUCAUAAAUAAUCACAAUUAUUGGUAUGAUGGUGUGCUGAGAAAAUUAUAAAAAUUAAGUUAUGUUCAAUCCACCAGUGAUGUGGCUACCAGUGUGCCAUUGCAUGAAAGGUUGACAUCAUCCCAGUAAUGUGGCUACCAGUGUUCAAUUGUAUGAAGGUUGACAUCAUCCCAGUGAUGUGACAUGGAUUCAUUAUUAGACAUGCUUUUAAAAAUAUUUAAAUCUAUUUACAAUUUCCUUGUCACCAGAGAAACAAUAUUUGGGUACAGAAAUCUGAAUGUGUGCCUGUACUAUACUGCAUCCAAACUGGUCCCAUACUUCAACGUGACAUUCAGUGAAACAUGCAGUGUUGAUCAACACGGAGUACCCGUAAGUUACCUUUUGAAAUAUUUUGAUUCAUAUUGUCGAAACCUGUGUUUCACAAACUUAACUCAUUCCCUCUGGCUGUCUGAAAUCAUCACUUAACUUUAAUCUACAUUCCUCAACAAAGGGAAGUUACUGCGAUUUGUGUAUGAAUUUUAUUUAUAAUAAAUAACUCCUAAAUAUUAAUUAAUUUAGCCAACACUAGUGACUAAUGCAUCCAGAAAUGGAUUAGGUUUAAGAAAAAUAUGCCAUUAAUGAUAAAAAACAAAAAAUGGGGGGGGGGGGGUCGUCAUCAGACAAACAUGCAUAAGUUCUAAGACAACCCUUACUUAGGUGCAUAUAGAUUCAAACAAAUCAAUUUGAAAAACUUUCGUCUGUCUAUCUUGAAAUCUAACCAUGAGGAAAGUCUUGGGGGAAGCGUGAUUUCUUCAAUUCUAUUAAAUAACAGGAAAAUUCCUCACUAGAAGUUGUGUGCACAGUUUAAAACUCUCCACCAUGGAACAUUCUGCACACCAAAAAUACCAGACUUAAAACUUAUAGCUUAAGUACUAUAGACUGAUGUCUACUUUGUAAAUAUAAAAGUGUAUAUCUGAUUGAAUUCUGGCUGACCAAUAUAAAACAUUUCUUUGAGCAUUGCACUUGCAGCAAACACAAAAAAAAUAAUUUCCCUUUGUGGGGAAUAUUUGUUUACAGAAUCAUCUAUGAUGGAAUUUCAGUCUGUGUGAGGAGCAUUAUUUGUGGGGACUUUCCAAUGUGCACACUAUUCUAGUCCCAGUUUUGUAGUAGGGAAUAGUCUUGUGGGGCAUAAUCUGUUCACAGAAUAACAAUGAGAGCGAUGGGUCAGAAUGUACUCUUGAAAGGCUUUUUUAAUGGCUUUGGCAACCUCUUCUUAACUAAAACAGUGCUAUCAGAUAAAGAACCUCUUCUUAACUAAAACAGUGCUAUCAGAUAAAGAACCUCUUCUUAACUAAAACAGUGCUAUCAGAUAAAGAACCUCUUCUUAACUAAAACAGUGCUAUCAGAUCAAGAACCUCUUCUUAACUAAAACAGUGCUAUCAGAUUAAGAACCUCUUCUUAACUAAAACAGUGCUAUCAGAUUAAGAACCUCUUCUUAACUAAAACAGUGCUAUCAGAUCAAAUGAGUUUUUAUUUGAAUCUUAUUUUCAGCCAGACAACAUAGAGAAAACACUAUCACCAGAACUACCACCUGGCUAUCUCACCAACCUGGACAGCUUUAGGUGUGCUAUAUCUAAGGAGAAAAACUUCAAACCUUAUGGACAGAUGAUUGAUGCUUAUACCGUAAUCACAAGUAAGCUCUUUGUAAAAACUCAUCAAAUGUUACAGAAAAUUAUUUUUUUGGUUUUUAUAUUUCAUUUUGGUUACUUUGUAACCAUUUUUUGCAUUACAUUAUCCUCUAAAAAUUUGUAUAAUUUCAUAUUAUAUAAAUUUUUGAAGUUUUAAUAGAUAAAAAAAUUAUUUAAAAUGAAUCUCUCUUUUUGGAAAAUCUUUAAAUGCUUUUUAUUUACUCCAGAAAAAGGUGAAGAGAAACAGUUUGAGGUUUAUUAUUUAAAAAUAGAAGAGGCAGGUUUUCGAGAAUACCACUCACGUCUGCAGUCUUUCAUCAAGUUUUACAUUGAUGCAGCAUCUUACAUUGAUGUUGAUGAUGAACAGUGGGAUUACUUUCUGUUGUAAGUUGAAAUGAUGUGUGAAAGUAGCUAUUUUCUCUGUUGUUGCCAACUCAAAAAAAAUUUCUUUAAAACGGACUUGGAAAACUUCUAAAAUAGAAAUUGACUUACAUCUUUCAAAAGUAUCUAAAACACCCAAGUUCAUCUAGUGAUUCAUAAUUUGUUUCUUUAUUAAAUUUUUCCUUUUACCAGCAGAACCCCAGAGGGAAUUUAUUUAAAAUACUCUUUGCCACUGCAGCAAUUAUCCAUCAGUCUCUGUGGCGCUACAGCACAUGUAGGGCUUUGCCCCUUUGCACUACUUCCAUCCACUCAGACCUAACUAAUGCUUUUCUUUUCCUUGCUUGGAUUCCCAGGUGCUGUAGAUCUUUUUCCACACAUCAUCCAUCCAUCUAAGCCUAGGUCUGCCUUUGAGCAGUUUUCCUCUGGGAUUUUUGGUGAUGUACCCUCUUCACUCCUUUGUCAUUCUCUUUAAGUGUCCUGCCCAGCAUAGCCUACCAUUUUUUAAUUCUGCUAUUAGCGAUCCUGAUAUACAAUGUACAAUUCCUGGUUAGUUCAUAUUCUCCAUCCAUGUUCAUGCUUUGUUGGUCCAUAUAUUUUCCUGAGAAUUUUUCUCUCCGAUGUGUUUAAUUGGUUUUCUGCUGUUUUUGUUAGGGUCCUCGUUUCACUUGGUAUUUUACAGCUGGUCUGAUUACAGUUUUAUAGUUUUUUUUUCUUCUUGUAAUUUUUUUACUUUUGAGUAUUUACUCUUUUAGCUUAUUUCCACCGAACCUAGCCACCAACUGUAAAGAACUUGCAUUCACUCUCUUUAAGAAAACUAGAUACAAUGUGCAUCUCAAUUUCCUUAACAAUUGCAUACGUCUCCGCAUUGUACCUAAAGGCUUUACGAGUAAUUUCAACCCGGCGGCUGGCUCCCUCAACUCUUAUGACAUGACCAAACUUCAAUCUCUUGAGAAGAAAAUAGCAUUUCAACAUAUGCGUAUUGUUAUACACAGCCAUAAGCGUCUCAUCGCCGAUCUCAGUGCCACCAUUUACCAACUUGAAGAUCGCAUCCUCUCUAAGACCUCUAACUGCUUAUCAUAUGAUCUUAUUAUAACGAUUAUCCACCAACUUAAUCGGGAACUGUACCGCUUCCUUUCUACCAACAAGAAGAAGAAACUCAACAAUCUUAAGCCCACUAACAACUCUAGACCUCAUCAAACUGUCACUGGCAACAGCUUCGUCGUUUGCAUCCGCCCUGCACUUCCUCUCUCUGAUUAUGAAAGGUCGCUACUUUCUAAGGGUCUCAAAUUUAUUUUUUGAAGUAUUUUUAAAAGUGGCAUCAUUAAUACAAAUAAUGGAAAAAUUGCUUGAAAUUUGUAGAUGUGGUGUACAUAUAUGUGUUGUAUAUGCCAUUAUUGAUGAAUAAUGAAUAUAAUAAACAUUUGAACUUAGGACUAAACACUUAUUUUUUAGCUUCUACCUGUUUGUGGUAUGCUUACAUUUUUGUGAAAAUUUAGCACACCUAAAAACCUAAUCUUUUGACCAUAAAUAAAAAGCAUUAUUAACCAUGAUCGCAUAAUUGGUAUCAAAUAAUAGAUCAAUCAAUUCUGAAUGCAAUGAUAUGUAACAUGUUGUUACUGCUGUGUUAUUUACUGAACAACCAGAUGGUAAAGGUACCCAAUGAGGGAGAAAAAAUGGCAGAAAACCAAAAACAUUUAAGAGUUAAUGCUCCAUACUGGCUCUUACACAUUUGCGGUCUGGCUUGGUAUCCAUUCUUUUCAUCUUUUAUCUUCAUGCACAUUCCUCCAAUGUUUCCCUCUCUUGAUAAGUUUUCUAUUUCGCUUAGCUUUUUCACAUUUCCUCUUUAAUUCCUACACAUUUUUGUAAGUUUUUCUUGUCUUUCUGGUUUUUCUUUGUAUUGACAGUCUCUCUGCAUUCAUUAUCAAACCAGUCUACUCUUUUGUUAGUUUGCUGGAAUCCUACUACUUUUUCUGCUGAUCUUUUCAUAGUAUUUUAAUUUUAUUUAUCUUACCCCACUGUUCAUUUAUGUUGUUUUUCCCUGUUUAUUUCCUCCUGUGAUGGUCCUCCUUGUUGUGCUUCUACUUCAUUUUGGUAAGCUUUUGGAGUUAGUGGGUCUUUGGUCAGUUUUUUUUUUUGGUAAUCAUAUAGUUUUUCUCUUUGACUUUGGCUAUUGUGAAUUAUGCUCAUUCUCUGUUUAUAUUUAACUCUUACAAGUAGAUGGUCACAAUCUGCAUGUGCUCAUUGAUAGCUUCUUACAUCUAGUAUAUCUGAUCCAUGCCUCCGAUCGAUAAGAACAUGGUCAAUUUGGUUGUGGGUGAUUUCAUCUGGUGAGUUCCAAGUAACUGUAACUUUAUGUAUAUUUGUGUGUGGAAACUUGGUGCUGAUACCUGACAUCCCAUUUCCUGAAGCAAAGUCUAUGAGUCAGAUUCCACUGUCAUUGGAUUCUUCAUGCAGACUCUCCUUGCCAAUAAUUGGCAUGAACACUUGUCUUUUCCUAUUUUGGCAUUAAAGUCUCCAAUCACUAUUCUAACAUCAUGUCGUGGUGCCUCUUCAUAGAUCUUUUCCAGUGUCUCAUAAAAGGAUUCUUUUUCCUGAUCUUCCGUGAGAGCAUGUACAUUUAUGAAUGUUAUAUUCAACAUUUUUCCUCACACACGCAAAGAGCACAAUCUUUCAUUCUCUGGUUUGAAGCCUAUGACUGCACUCAGUGCUUCUUUUUUUCACGGCAACUCCUGUUCUUAGAAUGUUAGUGUUGUUGCCACUAUAAAAUAUGGUGUAGUCUUAUGUUUUGGGGAUGUCGGCAAUUUUCCAUUGAAUUUCUUGCAGUGCAGCAAUAGAUAUUUUAUAUUUAAUCUGCAGCGACUAUAUUGAUGCUAAUUUCAGAUUUGAGCGCUACAAAGAUGGCGGUGAAGUACAAUUUGCAGCAGCUGGUUACAUGACCGUAUACAACUUUUAUGCUUACCCUUCCCGGAUACGUCCAAGAAUUAGGUAAGUGAGGGAAGUGUGGAUCUAAAAGAUUUUUAAUUGCUAUAAAUGUGGAGACCAUGAAAUAUAAACAUGAGUCAAGGUAGAAAUGAACUAUGGAAGGUGAUCAAUGAAAUAUAAACAUUAGUCAAGGUAGUGAUAAACUAUGGACGGUUUAUUAAUGAAAUAUAAACAUUAGUCAAGGUAGGGAUACAAUAUGGAGGAUUUAUCAAUAGCUUUGGUUUGUUUUCUGAGUCCACAAAGUUUUUCUGAUUUACGUUGAGAAGUUUGGAUUAAAGCUAUUUUUAAACUUACAAUGGCUACUUACUUUAUCAAUUUUGAUCAUUUCAGCUUAAGAUAAUAUCCACAAUGUUGGUUACAUUCACCUCAUCAAAAUCUUGUUUUUUGUUUUAAUUUACUGCAGCUGCUUUGACCCUUUCAUUUUUUCAAAGCAGCUCAUUUGCCCUUUUGUUAUUGGGCAAGGUUGCUGUAUUAUUAUUUGUCUUGUUUGCAGUCAAAGGUUGCUAUUGAUUAUUUUUACUAUUUUGUUCUUCUUAGUGUCUGUUGUUUUCAUUUCUCAUUAUUUUAAAAACGUAAUCCUGGUUGUUUGUUCCUUACCUUUUUGUAAAAAUUUCUCUGAUUUCAGUCAAGUUCUGGUGCUUCCUCCAUUUCAAAAGAUGGGACUUGGCUCUAAAAUGAUUCAGACAUUUUACAAUAUGUGCUACUGUAGACCAGAAGUUCUGGAUAUUACAGGUUUUUAUUGUGUUUCCACUAGAGACAGACCGAAUUUCGGUUUCGGCAUCGACAGUUGCCAUUUGACCACUUGCGGUCUAGUUCCAGUUUCGGCCACAAACAGAAAAGUUAACCUUCAGUUUAAUUUCCCGAAACAGAAACAUUAACUUUUGGUUUAAUUUUGGUCUCGGCCAAAAGUGAUUGAGAGUUCCGGCCAUCUGGUCAUCUACCAGAAGUCACACUGUCUGACUGUCUCUAGGCCAGCAAUCUGAUAUUCAUUAUUGCUCGAUGCUUUGCUGUCAUCGUAUGUUAUAUGACUAAUACUCUGCGAAAAAUGCUCACAACUCAUUGAUGACCUACUUGUCAUUUAUUUGUUAAAGUUCAAUUAAGCCUAGGCAAAUGUAAAUAAUUUUUGUAGAAGAAAAUCUACGGGAAUUAUUUUUGUUUUUAAUUGUAAAAUUAAAUUAGGGAUAACCGGGAAACAUUGUAGUGAUAUUUUUAUAACCUUAAUAUCUGAUAUCUAGGUGACAAAUAAUAAUUAUUAUAGAUAUAUUUCUAGGUAAUGUUGUAAUUAUAUUAUAAAAGCAAAGGGCACUCAAACAAAUAAUAAUUAUUAUAGAUAUAUUUCUAGGUAAUGUUGUAAUUAUAUUAUAAAAGCAAAGGGCACUCAAGGGUCUAUUUGCAUGUAUUUUGCAAUCCCCCCCCCCCGCAACCGUCCAAUUUUCUGUCACCACACUACUUUAAAAAACAUUUUCAAGAAAAUUAAAUGGUAAAAGCCAAAGUAUUCAUUAGAUGUUUAUUUGUUAAUAUUCACGAUGACCUCAUUUUUAUAAAAAGAAUGUAAAUAUUGAUACUUUCCCCCAUCAUUUUUCGAUGUAUGCAGAAUUUAUGCAUGAACGAUUUUCAAAAUAUCUAAAUCUUUCGGUUUCAGUCGAAAGUCUUGUUAAUGUUUAGGUUUAGGCCGAAAGUCAUAUUAAAUUUCAGCCUGGUUUUGGUCGAAAUCAGAAAAUAACUAUUUCCACCAACAUAUAUAUGUAUUGCAUACUAUCAUAUGAAUAUUGUUUCAAUCAACAUGCUAUAUAUUUUUUAACUUAUCUUUUUCUUUAUUGAAGCUCAAAUUCAAUAGAUGUUUGUUAAUUGAUUAGAUUCCCAGAAUACUUUUCUUAAAAGAUAAAAACUUCAUUUUUUUAAAAUCAAAUUUAUCUAACAGUGGAGGAUCCAUCUGAAAAUUUCCAGAGAGUUCGAGAUUAUGUUGAUGCUAAAAAUUGUCAAAAUCUUGACAGCUUCAAACCAGAUCAACUGCUCAGAGGGUUCUCACAUGAAAUGAUACAUGAGGCCCAAUCAAAGCUCAAGCUUAGCAAGGUAACUAUUAACUCUUUCCAUGCCAAGCCACAAUUAUAUCGUUGAUUUGACUGGUCAUGUUUGUGCCAAUCCACGAUAUAUUGUCGAAAUAAUUUCUGUAGUUUAUUUCUUUGCCUGCGGUCAUUAAUCGAACUUUUUAUGUUCUUAAACGAAGGAUAACUCUUCCUACUUCCUUCCUGUCAGAAGUAGGGCUUGUUUACAUGUGUUUUUAUAAUAAUUUCAACCUUUUUUCCAUUUGUGUUGAAAAUUUUGUAAACAAAGCAAUGGCAGCGCCUACUCCAAGCUAUGUGUUACCAGGCUGUGUUACCAGGCCACGUGUUACCAGGCCACGUAGGUUGCCAAGUUUUCAGGCACAAGAGCUUUUAUUGCAAAUUAUUGCUGCCAAAACUUAGAAAAAUGUCAAUGAAUCAUUUGAAUUGGAUUCAAGUGAUGAUUUUCAGCUUUCUGAUGACUCGGUAGAUGGAAAUAGUGGAGGUGGUGAUAAUAGUGGUGACAGUGAGGAUUCAGAUAAUAAUAGUCCUGUUCCUGCAAAGAGAAGUUGGAGAUCAGGCAGAAAAGAUGCAGGAAGAAUAGCAUCAGGAAGAAACAGAGGGGUCAGUCAAAUAAUAAUGGAUGGAGGAAAGUAAGAGGUUGAUGCUUCAUUUCGUUUUAGGGAGAUUAACAGUGGGUCACAUAUUUGCCAGAAAAUGCCACUCCAUAAGAUUUUUUAAAGCAAAUCAUUACAGAUGAAAUUAUUGAUGAUGUGCUAACUUUAAUCAAUUCCUACAAUAAAGUAGUAAUGCAGAAAAAUAUGCCCCUUUUAGAACACUCACGUCUUCAUAGAUGGAAAAUUGUAGCACACCCUGAUCUUUUGAAUUUCUUAGCUGUUCUGAUAAAUAUUGGAAUUGACCAAAGGCCCUUAAUUAUUGGCUAUUGUGGUCUAUAUAAUGCUAUAAACACACACCAUGGAAUGGACAAAUGUUUUAAAGAUAUGAAUUUCAGCUGCUUUUACACACAAUGCUGCAUGCUUCUGAAUCUGAUGCACAAGGAGCGGCCAAGAUUAAGGUGUCAAAGCUGCUGGGUGAGUUUAGGAAGUGUUUUAUCCAGAUGAAACUAUCAGCAAAGAUGAAAUGGUGAUUGGAUACAAUGGUUGCUUCAAACACAAGCAGUUGAAUGCUGCAAAGUACCAUAUCAAAACAUUCAGACUUUGGGACUCAACAACAGGUCAGGGUUAGGGUUCAACCCAAGCAGUUCAAUGCUCAAAGUACCAUCAAAACAUUAGGACUUUGGGACUCAACAACCGGUUACUUUGGCAAGAACACUGCAUAUAACUCUGACCUUGAUCCUAAUGCUAGACAAGCAAUAAAAGUGUUUGAUACCCUUCUGCAACCCCUUCAGCAGCCUCCUCACCACAUCUCUUCUGACAGGUCCUGGUACUACACCACAGCAGCUCUCAUGCUGCAGUCAAAAGCCUACAAUUAUACAGGUGCUGUUCAAGCAGCUCCCCAGAUUUUCCACCUGAUUGAAAAACUCAAAGACUGGCAUACAAAGAGGCAGUGUGGCGUUCCAAUGAAGAAAAAGUGACUAUGGCAGGCACGAUCGACUGUAGGCACACUGUUCAUUGCACAAAAUAACCAAACGCAGCUGCUAUGUGUGCAUCGAAUGCACAGGACGGCCUUGAAUGUGUGCUAAGGAAUGCUUUAGAAAAUACCAGACAGAAAGAAAUUUGAACUAAAAUGUUACAAAGCAUGUCAAUAGUGUGUGUUGACAUUUGCUGAUAUACUCAUAUGCCAAAAAGUUGUUUUCUUUAGGUGACAUUAACAUUACAAAAAUGUGUACAAGUCAGUCAAUAAUUGUAAUAUUUUCAAAAUGUAAAAUGCAUUCUGAUCAAAAAUGGAUAUACUUUCUGAGCAUUGGAGCAGAAUAGGAUGCCCGGUACAAAAACCAUAUAGUAGUCUGAUUAGUUCAGAUUUGUUGCGCUUUUUUUUUUAAAAGGACAAUUUGAUAUCGUAAUAUUACCAAUAAAAGUUAACCUAUUAUUGUAAUAUUGUUUUAUCUUUACACAUUAUUAUUCUCUGUCUAAUUUCCUAUAAUUUGAUAUAAAAUGUUAUCUUGCUAAGAAAAUGAUAUUCAAAAUUCAUUGACAAAUAAAAUGACCCUAAAAAAAUUUCUGAUGGUUGCAAAGUUUUGAUGCGUUAUAAAAUUAAUACCUCCGACAGAAAUCAAUAAUCAAAAGGCCCAUGUUUUGUAUAUCAGUUUAAACAGGAGUGAAAUCAAUAACUAAUAGUUGAUGAUUUAUAAAUACUAGUAGUUACUGAUUUAUAAAUACUAGUAGUUAUUGAUUUAUAAAUACUACUAGUUAUUGAUUUAUAAAUACUAAUAGUUAUUGAUUUAUAAAAUCUGGUAUUUUCUUUAAAAAUUAAUAAUAUAAAAAGUUUGUUCACACUGGAUUUGUUGCAGCCGCAAAGCUAAGUGGUGUUCACACUUAGUUAUGUGCUAGAGCAACAGUCGGCUGCAUGGGCAUUUUUAAAUGCAUGUAUUUGGCUUUUUUUCUUUGAAAUAUAUUUUUUAAAUCUUUCAUUAAUUUCAUUCUUUUAAAUGUUUUACAAAUUUUAAUCUUCAAACUACAAAUAUUGGCUAUUAUUGAUUACAACAUUUGUAAACAAGUCAGAGGAUAUUAAUUUCAUUGGGUUUUUUUUAUGACCAAUCUUUUUUAAACCCAUUUCUAUGCUACUAACCUGUCAGCUGAUAAAAGGCUUGCGCAAUAAUAAAAAUAUGAUGGGAUUGUUUCUGAUCAUGCAUUGCCAUCAGAAAAUAUACUGUGUCUUUAAAAAAAACCUGUGAAAAUGAACUUGGUGGCCAUGUUUUUGUUACACCAAAUAGCACAUGGUCACUGAAGGUUGAGAAUCGAAGUAACAAAUGGCAGUGUGAACGUACCUUACGCUUUUAGACUAUCAAACUGUGAAAGUACCUUACAUAUGUUUUUAAUAACCCCUAAUUUAGGGAGAGGAGUGGGGGGGCAGUUGUAGAAAGAGUUUGAUGUAAAUUUAUAAGGGAGUUAUAAAGAUGAAGACAUUUUGAAAAUAAGAACCAAUUUUAAACAUGAAUAUUGUAAAAUGUUGAUUUCUGCAAGGAUGUAAAGACUUAAUGAUGCCAAAUGAAUGGACUUGAUAUUUUAUGAACACGUAACCAAGUUAUCUCAUUGUUGCAGACAUUCUAAAGACUUAAUGAUGUCAAAUGAAUGGACUUGGUAUUUUUUGAACACGUAACCAAGUUAUCUCUUUUUUGAACACAUUCUCUAGUUGCAAGCAAGGCGAGUUUAUGAGAUAUUACGUCUCAAGGCAACAGAUCAGAGCAAUAAAGACAUGUACCGAGCAUACAGACUUGAUGUCAAAAGAAGACUCAACAUUCCCUUCCUGGUAAAAUAUGAACAUUUCCCAGAUUUAUGCAAAUCUUUUAAACAUUUAUAUAAGAAAAGUUACAAGUUCUGUGUUCAAUACAGCCUUGCAACCACUUUAAUUAUAUGUCAAGUUAUCACGUGUUUGUUCAUUACAGAAUUACAUUUUGUCAGCUUUAAUUUUCAUAGGGUCAUAUUUUAGGAUUGCCUCGGUCUUUUUUUUUUUUUUAAGAUUUAAGAUUUUUAUUAUCUAAGAGCAGAGAAUAAUAUUUUUAAACUCAUUCCUGACGAGAGUUCUACUUCCGUAUUUAAUUUACAUGCCUGAGAAAGGGAAGGAACUCCAUUUUGCAAUUGAUUUACAUUUGUAAUAUAUUUUUUUAAGAUGUUAAAUAUUAAAUAAUGUUAAUGGAUGCAUCCAGAAAAGAAUGAGCUUUAAUAAUAAAAAAAACAUUAACGUUUAAAAAAAAAAAAAAAAACAAUGACCAAAAAAUCCAUUUUUGGCAUCAAUUGAUUUACAUUUGUAAUAUAUUUUUUUAAGAUGUUAAAUAUUAAAUAAUGUUAAUGGAUGCAUCCAAAAAAAAAUGAGCUUUAAUAAUAAAAAAAACAUUAACGUUUAAAAAAAAAAAAAAGAACAAUGACCAAAAAAUCCAUUUUUGGCACCUCGGACAAACACACGCUAGAUGUAGACAUGCCGUACUGAAGCACACGAAGUGAAGCAAGGUGAAAACUUCAUGUUUUUAAAUUGAAAUCAUGCAUAAUCACGUUAUCUCCUGAAAUCUCAAGGGAUGCCAGAGUUAAUUGCUUUUUUAAAAAUAAAAAUUAGAGAGGUGUGUCGCGCAUUUGGAGACAUCCAUCAGAAACCCAGAGAGACACAUUUAGUCAGAACCGUCAGGAAUAAGUUAAAAUGCUUAGGCAAGGUUAACAGAGGUUAAGGUCAUACAAAUUCAAUAAACAAAGUUGGAUUGAAAGAUAUUUUUUAUUUUCAGAGAAAUCGCAGAACUUAUCAAAAAUUGGAGAAAACUUUAAAUGCUGAAGAGCUUUCUCAAACUCUUGGGGUCAUGAAAAAUGAACAAAAAUUUCAGUAUUUGGAGAAUGCUUUUCAAGAAGAGCUUGCGGCAUAUAAGCAUGUCCUGGAGAGACUUGCUACGUUAUAGACAAGUUAAAAGAAAAAGAAAUCAAAGUUUAAAAAUCUUCAGAGAAUGGUGACUACUUUAGGUUUAACAUUCGUAUGUGUUCUUUUGUUAGCGUACACAUUUUGCUGCACUAAAGACUCGGGGGGGGUAAUGUUUAAUUAUUUGAUUUAUGAUAUAGCCAAAAGUGUCCAUUUAUUCAGCAAUUUUUUGUACCGGUAUCCUAAGAAUAUCCAAACAAAAUUAUGUUUAAUGAAUCACUUAAGUGAUUUCUUUUUAAAUCAGUUUGUGAAGUGAAUCAGUACUGAGCAAUCUUGAUGUCUCAUGUCCUCAUGUCUUGAUGUCUCAUGUCUUCAUGUCUUGUUCCAUCAGUCAUGUAUUGGGGGUAGAAGAGUUACAUUUGCUUGAUCAUUUCUGUCAAUACUGUCAUAUAAACAUGACCAUAAAUUUCGGGAUCAUUUCUGUCAAUACUGUCAUAUAAACAUGACCACAAAUUUCAGGAUCACUUCUGUCAAUACUGUCAUAUAAACAUGACCAUAAAUUUUGGGAUCAUUUCUGUCAAUACUGUCAUAUAAACAUGACCAUAAAUUUCGGGAUCAUUUCUGUCAAUACUGUUAUAUAAAUAUGACCACAAUUUUCCGGGAAUAUUUGGCAACUUUUAUUGUUGAGUGAAAGGGAAAUUAGCACAAUACAGUUGAAAAUGUCAUCUCUUUGUUUGAAAAGUUCUGGUUGUUAAAGUAAGUGUACUGGUGUUGAGUGAUUUGAACAUGUGGUUGUUAGAGUAAGUGUACCGGUCUGUGAAUGAUUUGAAUGUGAUGUUGAAAGCUUUUAACUAUGGGAUUGUGUCAUUUUAAAUGAAUUGAAAUUGUGUAAUUUAUAUGUUAGCUUGACUGGAGAUCUGAAGCAUUAUUGUUUCUUCUUCAACUGUAAGGUUUCUUAAUUUAUGAAUAAGAAGUGUUCAUUGGCUUAAAUGUAAUACAGAUUGAUUGGCUAAAGUGUAACACAGAUUGGCUGAAGUGUAACACAGGCUGGUUGGCUUAAGUGUAACUCAGACUGGUGAUGUACAUCAAUUGAAAUGUAAAGUUGUUAUUUUGAAG